UUCUCAGUGGACGAUUGUCGUCGGUCGGCCAAGAUGGCAGACGAUAGUGAGCCUCAGGCGCUAAGUUAUUUCCAAUUGGGCCGAGUCAGAAAAGGUGCUCUGAAAAAAAAGAACAUUUCGCUGAUCAAGAACCACAAAUUCAUUCCGAGGUUUUUCAAGCAGCCGACUUUCUGUUCGCACUGUAAGGAUUUUAUCUGGGGUUUUGGGAAACAAGGCUACCAGUGUCAAAUUUGUAGUUUCGUGGUUCAUAAAAGAUGUCACGAGUUUGUCACUUUCACCUGCCCAGGAGCCGACAAAGGUGUCGAUUCAGACGACCUAAGGACAAGACAUCAUUUUGUCAUCCAUACUUAUACAAGUCCUGCAUUUUGUGACCAUUGUGGUUCACUCUUGUAUGGCAUCAUUCAUCAGGGUUUAAAAUGUAAAGCAUGCGACAUGAAUGUCCACAAGAAGUGCCAGGUGAGUGUGCCUAACUUAUGUGGAUGCGACCACACCGAGAGAAGAGGUCGGAUAGAACUGCGGGUCGAGGCCACCUCCAACAAACUUAUUUGCGAAGUUAGGCAAGCAAAAAAUCUGAUUCCUAUGGAUCCCAAUGGCCUUUCAGACCCGUACGUGAAAUUGAAACUCAUACCGGAAAACAGAAGCUCACAGAAGAAGAAAACAAAAACUAUAAAAGCCUGCUUAAACCCCCAGUGGAUGGAAACUAUUUCUUUAGAUCUGAAAGCCGAAGACAAAGACAGGCGCUUGCUGGUGGAGGUCUGGGAUUGGGACAGAACGUCACGGAACGACUUCAUGGGUUCGCUUUCCUUCGGCAUCUCCGAGAUCAUGAAGAACCCCGUUGAAGGUUGGUUCAAACUCCUCACGGCGGAAGAGGGAGAAUUUUACAACGUUCCUGUACCGCCGGAGGGUGCAGCUAUUGCUGAACUGCAGAAUAAAAUGAAAUGUCGCAUGUCCUUGAGCCAGAGGCCAUCUUAUGAGAGCGAAAACAUUCCUUUAAAUGUGAGUUCCAAAGAUGUCAUCAAGGCGUCCGACUUCAACUUCUUAAUGGUUCUCGGAAAAGGAAGUUUUGGAAAGGUUAUGCUUGCCGAAAGAAAAGGUACAGACGAACUGUAUGCUAUUAAAAUUUUAAAAAAGGAUGUCAUUAUUCAAGACGAUGACGUGGAGUGUGCCAUGAUUGAAAAGAGAGUCCUGGCUUUAUCGAAUAAGCCGCCAUUUCUAGUGCAACUACAUUCCUGUUUUCAAACAACAGACAGAUUAUAUUUUGUUAUGGAAUUUAUUAAUGGUGGUGACCUCAUGUUCCAAAUACAAAAAUGUGCCAAAUUCAAGGAACCUGUUGCCACGUUUUAUGCUGCUGAAAUAGCUAUAGGGUUGUUUUUUCUUCACGAACGCGGUAUUAUAUACAGAGACUUGAAAUUAGACAAUGUUUUGUUGGAUCAGGAUGGCCACAUCAAAAUUGCCGAUUUUGGAAUGUGUAAAGAGGGCAUAAUAGGAAAUAAAACUGCAAAGACUUUUUGUGGUACUCCUGAUUAUAUAGCACCAGAGAUUAUUUUAUAUCAGCCAUAUGCAAAAUCAGUAGAUUGGUGGGCGUAUGGAGUUUUAUUGUACGAAAUGCUAGUAGGACAGCCCCCAUUUGACGGUGAAGACGAAGAAGAGCUUUUUGCAUCUAUCACUGACCAUAAUGUUUCAUAUCCAAAAUCUCUUUCCAAAGAAGCGAAAGAAAUCCUCAAAGGUUUCCUCACUAAGAAUCCCGACAAGCGAUUGGGGAGUGGAGUGAAAGGCGAAGAAGAUAUUCGCAUCCAUCCGUUUUUCAGGAGGAUCAGCUGGGAUAAGAUAGAGAACAAAGAAGUACAACCUCCAUUCAAGCCAAAAAUUAAGAAUCCGCGUGCGGCUGAAAAUUUCGAUCCUGUCUUCACAAAUGCCAAAAUAACACUGACCCCUGCUGACUCUUCGGUCCUGGACAACCUGAGCGGCAACGAGUUCAACGGAUUCACUUUUGUCAAUCCUUUUUAUGUGCCAGUGCAAUCAAAAGAUGUGGAAGCUUAAAAUAUUCGACUCCAAUCAAUAGCUUCCUCUUGUUUCAUCACCCUGUACUACUAGAUCUUAUAUAUAUAUAUAAGCUUAUAAUCUUCUUACCCCGAGACAAUUGUGAUGAUCAAAAAAACUGAGAGUAGGGCUGUGGGGAAAGGGAUAGACCUCGGAUAUUUUAUGUCCGUAACGAUAAGAGUUUCUUUUACUGUUGAUUUGAAUAUGCAUACAAAGUGCAGAGAACGUUAACUUUUUUUUUUAAGUUGAAAUAAAAUAAUUAUACCAAAUGAAUGCUUAGCACAGUAGUUCUCAGCUCUUUAUAUUUCAACCACCUGUGGCAAGCGACCAACAGGAGCAUGGACUGUGUUUCAUAACCUCUUCCCACCUCGUUGAUGAAACUAAAUCUUUUGAAUCCACAGGGCUGGAUUUAACCUUGUAGAUGACAGCGAGCUUUUUAAGCUCCGGGGAUUCUCGCAUCGUCCUCGACUUCCAAAAUCAGAACCCGCAUAUUAAAAAAAUUAAUUAAAAUUUAAAAGUAGUUUUAAAAUAAAUAAUUAAAAAAUAGAAAUCUUUUUAACGCAUCCUAAUUAUUCAGAUUUAACGUUUGUCAAAAAUGCUAACUUAUGAAUUGACCAAACAAUUGUAAAAAGAAACUGAAUCGUAUUAUUCCGCUAACAAAUUUGAAAAUGUUUGAAAAAAAUAAAUAAUAAUAAUAAUAAUUUUCUGAAAUUUGAACUAUUUUUUAAGUUACUUCAAGUGCAUAAAACCGCAAAAAGGAAGAAAGAAAUUUACAGUCGUCGAGGCCCUAUUCAGGUGCCCACUUUGCUUAUUCGAUAAACAAGCUUUAAGAAUACAACUAUGCAAAUUCUCAAGAUAUCUUCAAACAAGGAUUCUGACUGACUAUCAGGGGACCCUUCGGCACCAUCUUUCUGAAAGCAAUGAAGUGAAACUACUGUUUGUCUACCUCAAGAAUAGCUCCCGCCAAUAUGUCUACGAUAGUCUGUUGCCGUGGAAACAAGACCUGCUCGAUUUUCAAUGGGGGAUUUAAAAAGAAAGGCAUCCAUUUUGGCUUACUGAUCGCCUUGAUGACGUAUUGGCGAUUUUUUUUAAUUGAUUUAUAAAGAAUGAAAAAAAAAUGUUUAAUAUAUUAAUUAUAUAAUAAUAUUUAAACUUUUAGACAUAAAAAUGAAAUAUUAAUGAAUAUGCAGUAAAGAUGAAAAUUAUUACAAUAAAAAAGUAAUUAUUUAACUUU